GCUCCCAACAAGUCCAAAAUUCCUCCUCUGUCCUAUUCCUGCCUUCUUCCUUCCUAAUUCCCUUCUCUGACAAUGGCUCUCAAGGCCGUUCAUGUCUCCGACGUCCCUUCCCUUGAUCACGUCCCUGAGAAUGCCUCCUUUUCCCUUUACUCCACCCGCUUUUCCGCCGGCGUGGAUUUGGGUCGGGCCGGGUCGAAGAGCCCUAAGUUUUUGGUAAUCGGACACAGGGGCAACGGCAUGAACGUCUUGCAGUCGUCUGAUCGGAGAAUGAGAGCUGUCAAGGAGAACUCCAUCAUGUCUUUCAACGCCGCCGCCAAGUUCCCCCUCGACUUUAUUGAAUUUGACGUUCAGGUGACUAAGGAUGGCUGCCCGGUCAUUUUCCACGAUGAUUUCAUCCUCUCUUUAGAAAAUGGAACUGUAUUUGAGAAAAGAGUAACAGACCUGAGUUUGUCGGAGUUCCUGUCCUAUGGUCCUCAGAAAGACACCGCAGAGCAAGGAAAGCCUUUGCUCAGAAAAACCAAGGAUGGAAAGAUCCUCAAGUGGGAUGUUGAACAGGAUGACCCACUCUGUACCCUCCAAGAUGUUUUCCGCAAGGUGGAGCCCACUGUGGGUUUUAACAUCGAGCUCAAAUUUGAUGACCACAUUGUAUAUGAGGAAGAAUACCUCGUUCGCGUCCUCCAAACUGUUUUGAAGAUCGUAUUUGAAUACGCCAAGGAUAGACCCAUUAUCUUCUCAAGUUUUCAUCCAGAUGCGGCAAAACUCAUUCGUAAAUUACAGAGCACCUACCCUGUGUACUUCUUGACAAACGGAGGAAAUGAACUUUAUUAUGAUGUAAGAAGAAAUUCCUUGGAGGACGCAUUAAAGCUGUGUCAGGAGAACGGCCUCCACGGAAUCGUGUCCGAGGUUAGAGCGAUCUUUAGAAAUCCUGGAGCAGUAACCAAGAUAAAAGAAUCUAAGCUUUCUCUGAUUACCUACGGCAGAUUAAAUAAUGUUCCAGAGGCAGUUUACAUGCAACAUUUAAUGGGGAUUGAAGGGGUGAUUGUUGAUUUGGUCCAAGAAAUAACGCAGGCGGUUUCGGAUAUGAUAAAGCCAUCAAAGGUGGCUGAAGAGGAGGGUAUUACGAGUGAAGAGAAGAGGAAGGUGGAUUCAAAGCCUCAAUUCUCGCAGCAGGAGCUGACCUUUCUUUUGAAGCUUAUCCCAGAGUUGAUACAGAUAUAGGCCAAAACCCUUUUAAUUUACUUGGUCUUCGCACAUACUCGUAGUCAGCAGAUUUUAACCCAAAAGAGAAGAGGAGGCGACCAUUAUACCCUGAGCUGUGUAAAUAUGUUUUCAUUUUGAUUUCUCAGAAACAGAGAGCGAAUGUAACUUGAUUGUCCUCCAUUAACUCGUCUUUGAUUUUAUCCCAAGUACAAGUGGAGUUCCCCAACUGAAGUGGUGUUGAUUUGUUCUUUAUUUAUCUAAUCAUGAAGAGAACUUUGCAAUUCAAAAUU